AUGCGUAUCCUUGAUUUUACUUUUAAACUCCUAACAAUAUUUGGAUGCUGGCGACCGGAUUCUUGGACGUCGCUAUAUAAACGCAUAAUGUAUUAUAUAUAUUCAGGCAUAAUGAUUUUAUUACUAAAUACUUUUAUGUUAUCGCAAUUAAUGGACAUAAUUCUGGUUGUGGAUAAUGCCGACGAUUUUUCUGAUAACUUUUUUGUAUUUGUUCCUAUGGUUAUUACUUGCUCUAAAUUGUUCAUUUUACUGUUAAGUCGUAAAAGAAUUGUUAUGUUGAUUAAUAUAUUGAUGGAAAAACCAUGCAGACCGUCGACAUCGAGUGAAAUGAAGAUUCUUUAUAAAUUUGAUAAAAGUAUACAAACUAAUACUCGGCGUUAUGCAUGUCUUGCACUGAUAACAGGCUUAUUUAUAGUGUUGACAUCUUCAUCUAUAAAUUUCAAAAAAAGAAAAUUAACGUACAGAGCAUGGUUCCCUUUUGAUUACUCAUCGACGAUAUUAUUUUUUCUGCUAUACAUUCAUCAACUGAUAAGCUUAUUAGCCGCAGGUUUCUUAAAUAUUGCUUGCGAUACUCUCAUUUGUGGAUUAUUGGUCCACAUUUGCUGUCAAAUCGAGAUUUUGUCUUAUCGUUUGAAAAAAAUUAUAUUUUAUUCAGACAUUUUUCGCGAGUGCAUACACCAACAUUACCAUAUCUUCAGACUUGCUUUUAUUGUAAAUGCGAAAUUUAGGCUAACUUUUACCAUUCAAUUUACCCUAAGUAUGUUGGUGAUAUGCUUCAGUCUUUAUCAAUUAAGUAACACAACAGCAAAAGCCAAAUACGUUGAAAUGAUAUUGUACAUGACUUGCAUGUUAACACAAAUCUUCUUCUACUGCUGGUACGGAAACGAAGUAAAGUUAAAGAGUCGUCAAUUGAUCGAUGAAAUUUUCAAUAUGGAAUGGCUAACAUUGGACAAAAAUGUGAAAAAAUCUCUAAUAAUAAUAAUGAUGCGAGCAGUUUUUCCUAUUCAAAUUACCAGUGCCUACAUUAUUCCCAUGAAUCUCGAUUCUUUCAUGGGCUUACUUAAGACGUCAUACUCUACUUACAAUUUACUUCAACAAAUGCGGAAGACAGCGCAAUUACAGCUCAGUCUUUUUAAUGGAAUAUUAACUAUGCAUGUUCUACAAUUUACUUUUAAAAUUUUGACAAUUGUUGGAUGUUGGCGACCGGAGUCAUGGUCAUCACUGAGUAUGCAUAUAGUAUAUGACGCGUAUACAGUUUUUAUGAUUAUAUUACUGUAUACAUUUUUGGUAUCUCAAUUUUUGGACAUUAUUUGGAAUGUCGAUAAUGCCGAAGAGUUCACUGAAAAUUUCUACGCUACAUUGGCGUCGGUCGUCUCGUGCUCCAAAAUACUCAGUCUCUUAGUAAAUCGGAAUAAUAUCAAUACGUUAACCAACAUACUUGUCGAAGAACCGUAUAGACCGUUAGACAUCGACGAAAUGAAAAUUCAAUUUAAAUUUGACAGACUCAUAUACACCAACACAGUUUGCUAUACGAUUUUGGUAGAAACGACUUGUGUAUGCAUCACCAUGACGUCUUUACUGACAGAAUUUAGAAAAAGGAGCUUGACGUAUCGAGCAUGGCUACCAUAUGAUUACAAUUCAUCUACUAUCGUGUUUUGUCUCACAUACGCUCAUCAACUUAUUAGCUUAACAGCCGGCUCGCUCGUCAACGUGGCCUGCGACAGUCUUAUUUGUGGAUUAUUAGUGCAAAUUUGCUGUCAGAUCGAGAUUUUGGAAUAUCGACUCAGCAAAAUAUCCAAUAAUCAUAAUAAUCUUCGCGACUGUGUAUGUCACCAUAACUAUAUAUUAAAAUAUGCAUUCAGAUUGAACAAUAAGUUCAGAAUGACUAUCGCUAUGCAAUUCAUCGUAAGUACGUUGGUGGUAUGCUCCAAUUUGUAUCAGAUGACGAAAUCAUCAACUGUAAAUGCUAGUUAUCUUCCCUUACUAUUGUAUAUGUCUUGUAUGUUAACACAAAUUUUUAUUUAUUGUUGGUACGGAAACGAAGUAAAGUUAAAGAGCACUCAACUAAUGUACAAUAUUUUUGGAAUGAAUUGGCUAUCACUGGACAGAAAUCUUAAAGAAAGUCUAUUAAUCAUUAUGAAUCGCGCAAUAAUACCAAUAGAAUUUACGAGUGCUUAUGUUCUUUCCAUGAAUCUUGAUUCUUUCGUUGGGUUACUUAAGACGUCAUACUCGGUUUAUAAUUUAUUAAAACAAAAACCGUUUAUGUCGCUGGAAGCGGACGAAAUAGAAAUUCGACACAGAUUCGAGAAGACAAUACAUUUCGCGCUUAUGGUAGACAAGAAAUUCAAGAUGAUUAUUGGCAUUCAAUUUGUAGUGAGCACACUAGUGGUUUGCUCCAACUUAUAUCAAUUGGCGAAGAUAACGUUGAGCGCGCAAGCUUUUCCAUUGAUAUUAUAUACAUGCUCCAUGUUGACGCAGAUUCUUAUCUAUUGUUGGUACGGGAACGAAGUUAAGCUGAAAGUACGACAUAUGAAAAUGCAAGUCAUGCAAGUUCCAUUGAAAAUUCUUACGGUGGCGGGAUGUUGGCCACCAAUCUCCUGGUCCUCGCUAUGCAAACAAACAGUAUACAACGCAUAUACAAUUUUCAUAAGUUUAUUACUGUUCACCUUUAUGCUGCCGCAACUCUUGGAUAUUAUUCUGAAUGUUAAAAAUCCCGAUGAUUUCACGGAUACUCUUUACAUAAUGCUGGCUCUGGUGAUCGCUUGCGGCAAGAUGCUUAGUCUGCUAAUGAAUCGCAAAAAUAUCGAAAUGUUAACAAAUGCGUUAAUCGAGAAACCAUUUGGUCCAUUGGAAUCGGAUGAGAUCGAGAUUCGACAAAAAUUUGACAACAUCAUACAGACCAAUACUAUAUGCUAUACUAUCAUGAUCGAGACGACGUGUGCGUGUAUGACUCUAACAUCCUUAUUUACGGAUUUCCGGAAAGGAGAUUUAGCAUACAGGGAGUGGAUACCAUAUGAGUAUUCAUCCGGUAUAAUGUAUUAUAUUAUUUACUUUCGUCAAUUAAUAAGCCUGACGGCUGCAUCCAUCGUGAACGUUGCCUGCGACUGUCUGAUCUGCGGAUUGUUGUUGCAUAUUUAUUGUCAGAUAGAGAUCUUGGAAUGUCGGUUGAAGAAAUGCUUACGCGAUCGGGGCAAUUUGAGUGAAUGUGUACAGCAACACGACCGUAUUUAUAAAUUUGCAUACAUGGUAAAUAAAAAAUUCAGGACUAUAAUUGCCGUCCAGUUCACAGUGAGCAUGCUAGUGGUGUGCUCCAAUUUGUAUCAAUUGGCGAAGACGACGUUAAACGCGGAAUAUAUUCCAUUAAUGCUGUAUACAUUUUGUAUGGCUUUUCAAAUUCUUAUUUAUUGUUGGUACGGGAACGAAGUAAGACUAAAGAGCAUUCAAUUUUCCGAUGAGAUUUUUGGAAUGGAUUGGAUAAAGCUAGACAAGAAAAUGAAAGAGAGUCUUAUAAUGAUUAUGAAUCGGUCUUUGAGGCCCAUCGAAUUUUCUAGCGUACAUAUUAUUACAGUGAAUCUAGACUCUUUUGUAAAGUUGCUUAAGACAUCGUACUCGGCGUAUAAUAUACUUCAGCAUAUGUAG